UCUCUCUCAUUAUGAAGUGUUAGAAAGUUGCUGAAGUGAGAAAUGAGCCUGCGAAAUCCUGUUGUCCUAAUUAAACUUUGACAUGAAGAGUGACAAGAAGCAAUGAAGGGGAAACAAUAGCAGACUGUGCAUGAGUGCAAGCCCGGAGCAGGCACGCAGCUUUGUCCUCACCAACAAAGGCAUUUGUUUGCAUGUGUUCAACUUCGUUCAACUUCACCAGGCCCAGGUGCGAAAACCCAAUUUGCUAGAGACAUCGCAACUCAUAAAACCUUUCAACAGUUGAUGAACAGUUGGUACAAAAAGCUGCUGUGUUUAAAUGUAAAUAUUGAAAAACAAAAUCAAUUCACUUUCAUUACUUUCAAUUUCUGGACUGAAAGACACAGCCGAAGAGUUCAGGUGUGAAAUUGUACUCUUGACACUUAAGAUUUACUUAAAGAUUAUCUUAGCAACAACCUGCAUCUAUGUACAGGUAUGUAGAGUAAAGUUAAACUGGGAAGUAACAGAAGUAACUCUUGAGUGUGUGAAAUGCGUGAUUCUCCGACAUCGUCAAGCGGGCAUGUGAGUGCAUGUGAGUGCAUGUUAGUGCAUGUGGAUGCGUGUGAGUGCAUGUUAGUGCAUGUGGGUGUGCUCCACGUGUUACCUGCACUACUGUCCCAAGUGACGGCGUUGUCGUGGACGCGUAUGUAUGCCCUUCCUAUUACCUGUCAGGUAAACACUGUUAGCUCUGUCAGCACUGUUGCUUUUGUUUACAGGCUAGCUGCUAGCUGUUGCCUCAGCCAGCCUCAUGUUGAGAGCACGCAGGCUUCUUGACCUUUGACACAGGAUGUGCGCUGCACAUUGUGGCCAACGGGCAAAGAAAGUUUGUGGCGCUGGGCAAGCAUUUGGGAAUAAUGGGUUAUGUCUGGGAGCGCAGUGGUGCUGGUGUCACGUUCUCUGUAAAAGUCCCAUAAACCCUGGAAGUGCCUGGAAGUCAAAAGUAAAAAAUCAGGGAAUCAGAAAUCAGUGAAUACCCCCGCGGAGCAGGUUGAAGCUUUUGUGUCUUAAAACAGCCGGUUUGAAGCACGUGUCUAAAUGAGACGCAGACGUCAGAGCGCUGACUAGUGGGCCUUCACAGCUACAGGAGGUUGUGUCGCUCACGCUCAUAUGAGCAUGAUGUACUUAGAUUUACAACCCUACAUUGUUUUACUUCUACCUGUAGCAUCCACAUCUGGUGGUGUUCAUCAUCUCGAUGAGCAGAUACGUAUUUUCUGCAAUGAUAAAAAAUGCAGUGGAAUAAUCCCUUUUUAUUGACAUGGGAAUUAGUGAGAGAAGACACACUUUCUUUGGAAGCGAGAAGGAAUUUAGAAUAGUCUCUCACACAGUCUUACCAGUUAAAGUGAAAAUGCAAACUGUCAUGACUGGAAAUAGUAGUUGCGGCCUCACUGCUUAUGUACACGUAUGAAGGUAAACAGUAUCUUCAUACUUCACACACAUUAUUAAUAAUAAAAAGGAUUAAUGUUGCAGGACCUUUCUAAAGCUGCAUGUAAGGACACAUAUCCCCACAGAUAAGGGCCCUUCAUCAGAGCUGGGGGCGGAGUCGGGCUCUCCUCAACUGCUGUGAGAAGAGGGAGGAACUCCACAUUCCUAUAAAAAGCCGGUGGAUGGGCUGACAGUGUUGAGUAGACGGAGCGGACAGACUGGCCCUGGACUCUACUGCUGACUCACAAUGGCACAGAACGGAACCACAGAGAACCGAGGGACCAAAGGUAUCGCAGCUUUGCCUCUCCCUCAGCCUGUCAAAGUCCAGGAGGUCAGGCACACAAAGAUUUUUAUUGACAAUGAAUGGCACACGUCCAGCAGUGGGAGGACAUUUCCUACAUUCAACCCAGCCACAGGACACAAAAUCUGUGAUGUGGAAGAAGCAGACAAGGAAGACGUGGACCGAGCGGUGAAGGCCGCCAAGGCGGCCGAGCAGAGAGGCUCUCCGUGGCGGAGGAUGGAUGCGUCCAGCCGCGGACGGCUGCUGCACAAACUGGCCGACCUGAUGGAGAGGGAUCGGCUCCUGCUGGCGACCCUGGAGACUCUGGACACAGGGAAGCCCUUCCUGCAGUCCUUCUUCAUAGACCUGGAUGGCAGCAUCAAAACCCUGCGAUAUUAUGCAGGCUGGGCCGACAAGAUCCAUGGCAGGAGUCUGCCUGUAGAUGAAAGCUUCAUGUGUUUUACCAAGCACGAGCCUGUUGGCGUAUGUGGAGCCAUCAUUCCAUGGAACUUUCCUCUGCUGAUGUUCAUGUGGAAGAUGGCACCGGCCCUGAGCUGUGGAAACACUGUGGUCAUCAAGCCAGCAGAGCAGACCCCCCUCACUGCCCUCCACGUUGGAGCGCUCAUCAAAGAGGCGGGCUUCCCUCCUGGAGUUGUGAACAUUCUUCCUGGGUUUGGUCCCACAGCAGGAGCAGCCAUCGCCAGCCACAUGGACGUUGACAAAGUGGCCUUCACUGGCUCCACAGAGGUUGGCCAGCUAAUCAAAGAAGCAUCAGCCAAAAGUAAUCUGAAGAGGGUGACUCUGGAGCUGGGGGGGAAGAACCCCUGCAUUGUGUUUGCUGACUGUGACUUGCAGCUGGCUGUGGAGGAGACCCAGAAAGGAGCUUUCUACAACCAGGGUCAGUGCUGCACAGCUGCAUCACGUGUCUUUGUGGAAGAAAGUAUUUAUGAGGAGUUUGUGCAUCGCAGUGUAGAAAACGUAAAGAAGAUUGUCAUAGGAGACCCAAUGGACCCUCAGACAUCACAUGGGCCACAGAUCAGCCAACAGCACUUUGACAAGAUUAUGGAUCUGAUAGAGAGUGGGAAGGAAGAAGGAGCCCGCCUGGAGUAUGGAGGGGCAGCUGUGGGGGAGAACAGGCUCUUCAUUCAGCCUACCAUCUUCUCUGGGGUCAAAGACCAAAUGCGCAUCGCCAAAGAAGAGAUCUUUGGUCCGGUACAGUGUAUAUUCAGCUUUAAAAGGCAGCAGGAGGCCAUAGAGAGAGCAAACCGCUCGCAGUACGGCCUGGUGUCAGCCAUCUUCACAAGAAGUAUGGACAGAGCUCUGUCUGUGUCUGCAGCCCUGGAGACUGGCACCGUCUGGAUAAACUGCUACAACGCCCUUCAUGCCCAAACUCCCUUCGGAGGUUACAAGAUGUCAGGCAACGGACGAGAGCUGGGAGAGUAUGCUCUGGCUGAGUACUCGGAGGUGAAAGCAGUGACUAUCAAGCUCAGUGAAACCCUGUGAGAAGAAGGUGCGCAGAUGUCCAUCCCAUCACAAUUGUCUCCGACCCACACAGUCCUUUGUGUUGAGUCCUGCUCAUGAUGUUACUAUUAGGCUUAGUCCAAUAUAUGAGUUAGUCUAAACCGUGUAUCAGAGCCCACAAAGAGGCCGUGUUUGUUCACCUUUUGUUUGCACGAGGUGAGCAGAGUUUUUAACUUCAGUAAUGUCUCAAAACGGCUAAUACAGGUUUGUGUGUUUAUAAUAAUUUACUCAGAAGUUCUCAAAAGUGUACUGUAUAUGUGAUUUAUUGCUACAGUAAUUAUGGGGGAAAUAGAGACUGUGUUCACUUGGUACAGUAACAACAAAAUGAGUAAUGGCUUACCCCAUAAAGCCCAGACAUACAAUUCAACAUAUAAGGUUUCUAAUAACAAAUCAAUAUUUACUUAGAUUAAAAAAGGCAAAUUGCAGUUUAUGAUAGAAUUAGUGCUUUUGUUAAAACAUAAAAACUAAAUGAUUAAAGAGCUGAGAUACAGUUUGUUGACCCUCAAUAAGGCAUUUGUAGGGUUUUCCACUACAUCUGGUGGCCUUCCUCAGCAGAUGGAGGGAGUUGCUCACUUGUCCUAAAGACGGUUUAGUUGUCAUCAUAACCUUAGUUUUGGAUAUGUGGAAAGAUGGCAACUGGGACUAACUUGGGACUUGGGACAGACUUAUCAGACGCAGCUACAGAAAGGAAGCGUAUAAACACACCUCGUUCCAAAAGCCAGAGCUCCCACACUGCGCAUCAGGUUCUUCAGAAAACAAUCAACAACGUUGCUACUUGUUGAAGGCUGUGUAAUGUUUUUCAUGAUAACCUUUGAGUGACUUAGAUGCCAAAUCUUUGAAAAAAUAUGUGGAUGAUCUUCUUCACACAUACAAUCACUUAUUAUGAAAGAACUGACAUUACAUAUGAGGAAAGGCAUCCCCAUGAAAACUGAAGAAACGUCAUUUGAUGAUGAAGCAUGUGAGAUGUGGUUGGAUGCUCUGAGAAGGUCCAGUCUUUGGACCUCGUUUCUACCAUCAAUUAUACACUUUCAUGUGGUUCUUAAAUAGUCUGUAUUCCUUCCACUGGGCUACUAAGCAGAACUUAAAGAGUCUGAUGGAGAUGAGAGGACAUUCUCGUACCUCUCCAAAGAGGAUUUAAAGAGUACUCCAGUGAUUAUAAUGAUACAUUGGUUUGCCUGUCUAGUUCAGCUCUUAAGAGAGAUUAUUCACAUUAGAUACAUUAAUGCUGAAAACAUAGUGACUUGUUAUCAAUUGAAAAGGCUUUGCGGAAGUAUUUAGUUGAAAUCUCAUCAAAUGAGAAAAAAAUGCUCUUUCUUUUUGUCAUUUUUGCCUUCAUUUUGUAUUUCUAACUGUGAUAGAAUAUGGAUGUUCUGUGGAUAUAUGCCUUUUCCUUUUAAAUGCUGCAACCUAUAUAUUACCAGUUAAUCUCACAUUUUAUCUCUGGAACAGGUAUAUUCUGAGUGUUGUUUAUUAUCACACAUGGGAAACAAGUCUCUGCAUUUUUAGUUUUGUAUUUAAAUAGAAAUUCAGAAUAAAGAAAUUAUAAUGCAGA